AUGUGCCGCGACUCGUCACUAGUGAUCAACGAAGCUGGUCUUCCUGGUCGUCCUGGUCCUGACUUCGCGCGACGCGAUGGGCUCUUCAUACUUCAGGGCCGCCGAUGGCGAGACACUUCAAAACGUCGGCGUGGACCAGCCAUCACCAGACUUAUUGCUCACGGGGCAUCCUGGUGGACGGCUCUGGUCUGCGUGUUCCUCGCUUACGCCUCGCCGGUGCGGUCUGCCAUGCUAAAUUUCGAAAAUUGCCUCAGCGAAACAAUCCUGCAAUCGAAUCCCCCUCAACUGCAAUACGUCCCCCUCAAUGUCUCUGUGCAUUUCAACCUCACCGACUCCCUCAACCCGUUGAGAGUCACCGUCUACGGCAAUGUGACGGGCACCGCAGAUGGCUCUCCUGCCCCGCCCCCGACAGACGAAUCCUGGAUCGAUCCAGAGUCGACUGUUGGAAAGAUUGUCAAUAUCAGUCGAGCCAAUAAUAAAUUCACCACCUUGAUCACAUCUUUCGACGUGCUGAGUUUUACCCCUUUCAGCAACGCGUCGCGGUUCUGUGAUGCAGUCGACCAGGGCAAUUGUCCGCUCGGACCGGUCUUCAAUUCGAAUCUAAGCGAUCUGAGCACAUUGCGAGCUUUCUCCGUCCAACAUGAUAUGCUUUCCACGUACCGAUUCUCGACAAUCAACCCAACUUUUACCAUCCGAUCGGGCGAUGCAUCUGCGGCCGAGCUUGGCUGUAUUACAGUGCCAAUAACCCCUGAUUUCGGUACUUCGCUGAAGAACACGUUGAUAUUUGUACCAUUGGUGGUCUUGUUGCUUGUUGCGAUUGCCACCGUCGCAGCGGCCGUGUACAGUCCCUGGGGUACCACGGACAUCUUCCGGUGGACAAGCAAUUACGGCCGUGAUGAGGAUGUCCUGCGAUUGGUGACCCCCGGCUUCGCGGACUGUCUGCAAUACCUGCAAUAUAUUGUUCUGACUGGGUCUCUGUCUCUGGACUAUCCAGGCUUUUUCCAACCCGCGGUCAGCUACGGGUCUUGGUCGGUCCUGAUGUUCAACCAGAGCUUCAUUGAUCCCGCGGGGGCCAACAGCCCGGUAGUAGACGGAGUGUACGUGAUCAAUGGGACCUACGGACUCGACCGCAUGAAUCAACUGGUCGGGAUGGCCUCCAACCAGGAAAUCUGGCCGGCGAUGAUGGUCUGGACCCUGGGUAUCCUCGCUUGCAUGAUUGUGGUGUGUCAGGUCGGCUUUGCAGUACGAUGGAUGCAUCGUGAACUCGCGCAUAGCACAGAGCAGGAUCUGCGUUCCAAGAAUUUGCCAUUCACCAUGGGCAAUGUCAUUCGCAUCAUUUUCAACUACUUUCUCCUCCCAAUUGUGUCGCUCUCCUUCUAUCAGCUCGUCACAGCUAGAGGAUCUCCUGCUUACAACGUGGCCCUGGCGGCGUUGGUGAUUCUCGUCAUCAUGUGCUUUUCUAUCUGGUUGAUUCGCAUCAUAAUCUCUACCCGACCAAAAUCCCAUCUUUUUGACGACCUGCCUACCGUCCUCUUGUACGGCCCUCUCUACAACACUUACUGCGAUGAUGCCGCGGCCUUUGCCAUGAUCCCCAUCUUCCUCAACUUUGCUCGAGGGGUUGGUAUUGGAGCGCUGCAGCCAUCGGGUAUCGCCCAAGUCGUCCUACUCGCCAUCUGCGAGGUCGUCGCCGUGCUGACGCUGGUUGCAUUCCGACCUUUCCCUUCCCCUACUCAUAUGAACCUCUAUCAUGCCAUCUUCGCCUGCAUUCGCUUCCUGACGAUAAUCAUGAGCGUAGUUUUUGUGCCAUCUCUUACCGUGUCUUCCGCCACUAAGGGAUGGGUCGGCUAUGUCAUUCUCGUUCUCCAUGCGAUAGUCCUCAUCUUUGGCUUCCUCUUGAACGCUUUGCAAACUUUAAUUGAAGUGUUGGCCCGACUUGCCGGUGCCGGUGGUGCAACUCGCGGUGGUUUGGUCAAGGUUUUCGGAAUGCGGCAGUUGUCUAGGCGGGUUCCCCGAUCAGACCUUGCUCGGCAAAGCAUGGCAUCCGAUGCAGCCAUGCUAGCACACACUGACGAUCGAUUGUCUUCGCAAUUCGGCGGCUCACGGCCUCGCAGUCUAUCGGGGAGCUCUGCCCUCCUCCUGAGCCGACCGCCAGCCAGUGAAGGUCGUGCGAGUGCUGUGCUCGAGUACGCUAGCUCCUAUGGCGGGGGGCAUAGUCGUGCGGCGAGUGGGAAUAUUUAUGCACAGUCUCCCACGGCGUAUAGCGGGACUGGGGAGUACUUCAGCAGUUCCCCCAGCAGCAGCACUUUCAUCGCCACUAACCCUCGUGAUCCGUACUACCGGCCGCCUCGUCCUGGACGACGAACGCCCCAAGGCUCUUUCGAUCGGAGUAAAAAGACCUCAAGGUCGUUCUUGAAAGGCGGUCGUGUCCACGACGAGGAGAGUCUCGGUGACGGUGACCCAACUUCUGGGCGCGGGACUCCGGUCCCUGCUUACCUGCCGGCACCCAAGGACGACAUGGAAAUGGAAGAAACAGAGCAACGAAAAGAUUACGCAGUGCGCGAGGUUGACUUCUACUACAGAGUACGCGGUCCUCCGCUCUCUCACACUGGAACUCGAAAGUUGAAGACUGGUCCUGCGGAUCCGACGGGCCCUGUUUCAUCAGCAACUGGAUGGUUCCGCAACUUGUUCCAAGGCAAAACAAAAGACAAGGGUAAAGGAUUUGAGGUCGUUCGAAGUGCUCGAGCGCCUCCCCCAGGUCUCUUCCCCACCGGUGACUAUAAUGAGCCCUAUCAGGAUGAGCCUCAAACGGAGGAGACUACGGCCGGUGGACACUCCCGCACGGCAUCCGCAGGUGAAGCUCCAUAUCACGACACAGAAGGUGAGCAAAGCGCUGGAUCUGGCGAUCAGGGUCAGGAGGAUCCCGACGAUCGACCGGGAGCUCCAGUUCUGCCCGAUGUCGAUACGGUCAGCAAUAUUGAGUUGCCUAGUCGAGUUGGCUCUCGCCGCACACAGGCAGACUCCGAGAAUGGUGUAGAACCCGUCAUACUCAACUUGCCCACCGUCACAGAGGCCUCUUCGCCCAAAUCCAAAGCCUCCACAUCCCGCUCAGGUCGCCACCUGCAGCCUCAGUUAUCUCCCACUGCCGCUCGUCUUCCAUUCAGUGAGAGCAGCUCGCCGUCCCGAGAUCGGGGUCUCUCUGUAGCAUCAACAUCUGGCUCGUUGACAUCUAGUCAUCGGACUGGCCGAGAUGGUCAUCGAGCAGAGCGACCUUCGAGCAUGGGCUAUGUUGCACAGCAUCGUACACGUGAUAACAUUCACGAGGCGAGUCCAGACGAAAUGUCAUUCACGGGCAGUGCAGCAGAACUGGUGGAUGAACGUGCUCUUUAA